AUGCAGCUCGUCAAGCAACAAGCACUGCUCGUGGGACUGCUAUCUAUAUUCACCAGUUGCACUAAUGGCGAUCGCACGUUUAUGGCGUUUAUGGACAGCAUAGUAGCUGAAAAUCGCAUCGAGUUGGCCAUGAUGCCGAAUGUCCGCGAAUCGCUGGAUGAUUGCCACAUGCGUUACUACAAGUACGAUGAAGAGGUCAACGAGUAUCCGAUGUUCGAGCGUGCUCGGUUGGUACAUCGUGAGUACCCUCAUCUGGCUUUACUCGGUUGGACGCAACCAAACGGUACGAUCGUGUGGGGCUGCGUAGGAGCGUUAGUGUGGGAAAACUUCAUUCUAACUACGGCGCGUUGCAUCGGCAGCCGUGGCCUCGCGGCUCCCGAUGUAGCGCGUAUGGGAGAUUCCGAGCCGCUGGGAAACGAGAACGUUAACCAACACGUGCAGCAGUUGAAGAUCGUGCAAGCUGUUCGUCAUCCGGAGUACAGAGCCGGUGAAGGACAGCACGAUGUGGCGUUGGUGCGAUUGGAGCAGCACGUGCGGCUUCACUCGACCGUUGUUCCAGCUUGUCUUUGGAAUCGGAACGAUUUCAAUCACACCUCGCUGGAAGCGAUAGGAUGGAACACGUCAGGAUCACCGAAGCUUUCCAAAGUGACAGUUCAUCCCGUCAGCUGUGAUCAGUCAGUGGCAAGUCAGAACACCUGCUUCAACAACGACGGCUCAGAUCGGUGUUUGGGUGGUUCGAGUGGCUUCGUUCAAGCAAGGUUGCACCACAACUCGAAGGUGUCACCUUUUUUGCUCGCGUUUACCGCAACAACGAGCGGUCAGUGUGAUGGUUCCACACCAGCAGUCUACACGCCGGUGUCCUCGUACAUCAAGUGGAUACAAGAGACGAUCGUCGCCAGUGGAGAACGUGUGUUAGAUUGGGAAUUGCCACCGGAUGCGUGCGCUUUGCGUUACGUGCACUUGCGCGAGUACGACUCGGACGUGGUGAUCGGUGAAACGAGUAACUCGCAGACGGUUACACCGGGUCGGAGUCGCAUCAAGCUGGAACAGACGUACCCGAUGGCUGAGAUCCGCUAUGGAGGUUACUACGUCAGCCGGGAAGACUGCAACGGGAUCGUCAUAGACGAAGACACCGUGUUAACGCUGGCACAAUGCACCACAAACUACGGAAAACUCGCUGCAUAUGUAAACUGGCGAAACGAACGGAACACCGUCGUGAAGCAUUACAACCAUCCGGGAUAUCGCGAGGGUGAACACCACAACGACAUCGGCAUCCUGAAGGUGGAGAUGCCUUUCGUGUUUUCCCGAAGGUUCGUUCCAAGCUGCAUCUGGUACGAGCCAGACCUUCCUGGGGACGAGAUUUUAGUGAGCGGCUAUGGAAGACGUGAUUUGAACUACUUCAGCCUGCAUUCGGAGACAGUGACUGUGUUCGAACCGAGUGAAGAUCGAUUGGUUGUGCGUUCGAAUGUGCUACCUUUGGCCAAUUGUUCCUAUCCCGAGGAGUUCCAAAAGGGACUUCCUCGCGGGCUCACCGAAGAGAACAUCUGUUUCGGCCACGAUACCUACCUGGUGCCAAAGAUAUGUCAGCAAGCAUACGGUGGCCCAAUCGGAGGUAAAGUGGCCAGACUCGAUCGAACGUUUCAGUACGCGUACGGAUUGAACUCGUUCGGAAGGGAUUGUGGCUUUGGUCGUGCUGCCGUGGGUGUAAAGCUGUCCCAUCACGCACACUGGCUGAAGACGAUCCUGUUGGCGGACUAUCGCACGGACACCGGAUCAUUGCUGUUCCUGCACUCAGAGCUGGAAAUGAAUGACACAUGCCGGCACGUGGAUGGAUCGGAUGGACGGUGUAUCGACGCGACGCGUUGUCCUCGAAUUCGGUAUGAAUUUUCCAACCACAGGCAGGUGGUGUUUUGCAACUCACCCACCGUCGUCUGCUGUCCGUACGAGAAUAUGGUGAACGAGACGACCGCUGCUGGUCGAGAGUUGGACGAGUGUGUGGAGCGUUACGGUGAGGCUCGUUCUCGAUCCAUAAACCACCUGUACCAGAAUGGACCGUCGUCGGACGAAUUUCCGCAUCUGGUUAUGAUCGGUUGGAAAUCGACGAAGGAAGACGCAGCACCACGAUGGAAGUGCAGGGGAACGAUCAUCGCUUCGAGGGCGAUCGUGACGGUUGGAACGUGUUUGCUCGCGGAAACAGGUUCACCAACCGCUGUGCGGUUGGGUAUGAACAACGACGCCGCAGUAGUUGCCAUCGAGGAAGUGAUCUUCCAUCCAGACCGUAACGGAUCCAGUGGAAUUCAUGACGUAGCGGUGAUCAAACUGAACAGCUCCAUCGAGCAAACGUCAUCUUCAGUAUAUCCGGCCUGUAUUUGGUCGAACCAAACGCACACACCCUUCGAAAUGAUUCAGCUGGUGAUCAAUGAAACCGCCGACGAGUACGUGUACUCGAUGGCUAAAUAUAACGCAGAUUGCAACCCACCGGAGGCUGACGAUCGACCUGAGGAUCGUUUAAGAUCCAGCCAGCUGUGUGUGGAUGUAAGCUCACCCAACACGGUAGUUUCCAGAGGUGAUGGGAUGUUCUGGUCACGGGCCCACGAGGACGGUACAAGCAUCCAGUAUUUGGUGGGCCUCAUGAGCCACCGUUUACGCCACGAUCCAUCGAUAAACGUCCACAUCCGCAUGUCAUCGUACGUCGGGUGGAUUAAGAGCAUCUUGUAGAUACUCGAAGGUACGCAUUGCGGUGAGAAUGGUAACACUUUGUAACGCGAAACGAAUAUGCUAAUUACCGCGAAGGUGGACAAAUAAAUAAGGAA